AUGGUCAAGAUCACAGACUUCACCACGCGAGACGUGAGGUUUCCGACUUCCCUCGAUAAAACAGGCUCAGAUGCCAUGAAUGCAGCAGGCGAUUACUCUGCCGCCUACUGCAUCAUCUACACGGACUCGCCCUACGCCGGACACGGCAUGACCUUCACUAUCGGCCGCGGCAACGAAAUCGUCUGCUCGGCCAUCUCCCUCCUCACCCCGCUCGUCAUCGGCAAAGACCUGGAUGAGCUAACCACCGACUGGGGCAAGACCUGGCGGUACCUGGUCUCAGACAGCCAGCUGCGGUGGAUCGGGCCCGAAAAGGGCGUGAUCCACCUAGCACUAGGGGCGGUCGUCAAUGCGCUCUGGGACCUGUGGGCCAAAACCCUGGGCAAGCCCGUGUGGCGCAUCGUCGCCGACAUGAGCCCCGAGGAGUUUGUGCGCUGCAUUGACUUCCGCUAUAUCACGGACGCCAUUACGCCGGAGGAAGCAAUUAGCCUGCUCAAGGAGGUCGAGGCCGGGAAGCAGGACCGGAUCCGGGAGGCGGAGGCGAGCAAGGCUGUCCCUGCUUACACGACAAGUGCGGGCUGGUUGGGAUAUAAUGAGGAGAAGCUGAAGACACUGUUAGAUGAGAGCGUUGCGCAGGGGUACAGGCAUUUCAAGUUGAAGGUUGGGGGUAAUCUUGAGGACGAUAAGAAGCGGUUGAGCAUUGCCCGGCAGGCGAUUGGGUAUGACAAGGGGAAUAUCCUGAUGGUGGAUGCCAACCAGGUCUGGUCCGUCCCCGAGGCAAUCACCUGGAUGCAGGAACUAGCCGAGUUCAAGCCCUGGUUCAUCGAAGAGCCAACCUCCCCCGACGACAUCCUCGGACACGCGGCGAUCCGCAAGGCCCUGUCAAACACGCCACACGGCCCCGUCGGCGUCGCCACGGGCGAGAUGUGCCAGAACCGAGUCAUCUUCAAGCAGCUGCUGCAGGCGGGCGCUUUGACCGUGCUCCAACCCGACGCAUGCCGCGUCGGCGGCGUGAACGAGGUGAUGGCCAUUCUGCUGCUGGCGCGCAAGUUUGGCGUCCCGAUUGUGCCACACUCGGGCGGUGUUGGGUUGCCUGAGUACACGCAACACCUGAGCACCAUUGAUUACGUGGUCGUCACAGGCAAGAAGAGCGUGCUGGAGUAUGUGGAUCACCUGCAUGAGCACUUUGUGCACCCAUCUAGCGUCAAAGAAGGGUACUACGUGACUCCCAUGGAGCCUGGGUAUAGUGUGGAGAUGAAGGUUGAGAGUAUGGAUGCGUUUGCGUUCCCUGGCGAGGAAGGGAAUAGCUGGUGGACGUCGCAGGAGGCGAAGAGUAUCCUGAAUGGGCCUCGGGUGAUAUAA